UCUUUGCCUUUUUAUUCCCAAUAUCUAGGCUUCCGAAGUGGACAUCCCUAUUUUCCAUUUUAUUCUGUUGCGCUCCAUGAGUACCCCGGAUUUUUUGUUCCACAGCAACCAAUACAUGCAAGAGUUAACAGAAGGCCUUAUUUUAAUGCUCCCCAACCUUCCCCUAUGUUUUAUCAUGCAACAAGAUUUAGACACUAUAGUACCCCUGGGAAAAAGAUGGAGACAAAAGAGACACAGACUGAUCCUAGACAGCCUGAAAGCAAGCAAAAAAAGCAUCAGGAUAUCCGUAUGGAAACGAAAGGUUGUGAUGCAGGGAAUGCGGCCUGUGUUUCUUCUGGAAUAGGUACAGAGACUGAAAGUACUUCAGAGAAACAAGAUUCAUCUGGAUCUUCCAUUGUGGUAGACAGAGAGUUUCAUAACAAGAGCUCUUCCAGUUCUGCACAGUAUAGAAAUCUUCCUACUGGAAGCUAUGCCUUUGAGAAGGAAGAAGUGAGGAUAGAAUAUGGCAAUGGCUCUCCAGCUAUUCAACUGUGGAAGUCCUUUAAAGAAACUAUCCCUUUGUAUGAUGUGGCAAGUGGCAAAGCAGUCCCAGAGAAUAUAGUGCAGCGUGACUUAUUUUCUGUUAGCUCAUGUGAAGGAAUGUUAUAUAGCACUCCUGAAGGGGAGAAAAUGGUGGCAGGAGCUUCCUUAGAGGAGAGAAAAGCUGUUCUUCCCUCAAAACAGGGUGUGGAAACUGUGCAGGAAAAAGAGGUCCAAAAUAAUGAAGGGAAGCUGGAUGCAGAAAAGCAAGCAAAUACAAGUCAAGGGGCAAAAUCUCCCCCCGGAGAACCCAUGGCAGUGCAAAUCACAGAGUUGUCAAGGUCUGUUAGUGUAGAUCAGCCGGUGGUAAGACAGGAUGUGGUAGUAGCUAAGAAACUGAGCUCCAAAAAACCUACUGGCUCAAAAACUUCUCAAGAAGAGCCCAGCUUUAGUCAACAAGCAGGACUGCUUCCAUCUAGCGUGGAGGUUAUGAGUGACUUGAGUUUCCAGCAGAAAAAGCUGAACCGAAGCCACAACGUGACCAGUGAAAGUCAAACUGAUAGGAGUAUUUGGUGUGAUGAAUCCAUGGAGAAGUACGUUCCCUCUAGCAGCUGGCUGGCUUGUGUGGACACUAUGGACACCAACUACAGCUAUGACAUCUGUUUGCCACAAAGGAAACGUCAAAGUGUACUCAGUCUUUCUUCUGGUGACAUGUCCUCUAGAGAGGAAGGCUCAUCAAUUGAUAAUGCCCCGGUGUCUUAUUUUGUCCCUGACUAUGUGCUUCAGAAAAGCAUGUAUCCUUUCCAGAAGAAUACAGAGGGCUUGGAGAAAGAGAAAAUUAAAGGUGCUGGGUCCCUUAAUGAAGAUGAAGUGGUAGGAAGGGAGCAGAUGAACAGCUUGCAUGACCAGGAUGUCAAAAACUCUUCAACCAUGAAGACUAAAGAGGCUUCCAGUAAAGGCAGAAAGCUGGGAGACCUUCCUAGGUCUUCUAGUCGGAUGAAACUCAAUUCUCUCAAGACAAAAGCAGCUAAGAGUUUGUCAGAAGUUGAGGACUCUGAAGAAUACUCUGUGAGGGGAGAAGAGGAUGAUGAAGAUGGAGAGGAUGAGGAGGAUGAGGAUGAUGACUAUGACAUGGAUGAAAUGGAAUAUUUUAUUCAGGGAGCUGCUCCAUACGGAAUCUUGACGCCUAGUACAGGAGGCUUCUACCAGGUUGGCCAGAGGGUGCUUUGGAAACCCCCUAGACAUGCUAUACCGGCUCAGUUCAUCAGCUGGCCUGCUCAAGAGAUGCUAAAAACUAGGAGUGGGCUUGGUGACAACACUGGUGUAGUUUACAAGCCGAAGGAGAGAGAACAAGAAGGUGUAUGCAGUGACUAUGGCUGUUAUGGAAGAAAGAGGCCUACAGCAAGAAGAGGAGGACUUGAACACCAGCGAGCACUACGGAAAUUCCUGGGAGGAAGGCUGUUAAGGGAGAACAUGGGGAUACCACCUGAAGAGUAUUGGAUUAGAAGUGGUGCUAAACCCAAAUUUACCAGCCAAAUACCUGGUAGUCUCUCGCCCCCAGCCAGGAGCAAAGAACAAGGUACAACUUAUUUCCUUGGUGUGUUUCUGUGCUUAAGGAACAUUCAAAAGAAUCUGAUACAAAACAGCAAGUUUAUGGUACUUGAACAAGAUUUGAGGGUGAUAAAACUAAUGCUCAUCACCCUGAUACUGAUGAAAUACCUGUCAGUGCAUCUUGAGGUAUAUUUAUAUCCUUCUCAAAUUAAAACAUGUGAGUAAGAAUGCAUUCUAGCUACUCUUUUUGUUUUAAAGGUACCAGGGGAAAUCAAAGCAUCAAAUGCUUUGUGGCCAAGCAAAGCCUUUAUUUGUGCAGAGCUGCUACUUCCAUAAACAUGGAAGUAGCAAUGUAAUGUUUAUCUUAAGUGCAUGUGCAGUGGUAGCUUCUGAUCUUGAUGAGUACGACAAACAAGGAGUCGUGUGAUAGCUACAGAGGCCAGUGCUCAGAAACUAGCAUGGACCACAGUGCCUUGCUACUGCUGAAGGAUGUCUGAGUGCAAAUCAUCCUGAGGUGGCUAAGGAAAAGGUGAACAAAUUGGUUACUUUAACAAAGUAAAGUUUCUGUAGCUUUUUCCUCUGAAGAAGGAUGCUUUGCCUUUACAAUUAAGGUUUACCUGGAGUGCAACUCUGUUUCUAAAUGCUCUUCAAGGGUGUUUCUCAUUGUAAGUGCUGUUGGAACAAGUGUAGAAUUUGCUGUAGUCUGGGCAUUAGUACUGUCCUGGCUCACAUGCUUUCAAAGUAUCACAGGAUCACUCGACUAGGUAAGAGUGUGAUGUUAUCCUCAGGACAGACUGACUUGCUUCUCUUCAGUGACAAUAUCUAUCAGGUUUCCUGUAUCAACAGCCCAGUAAACUAUUCUUCAGAGUGUAUUCCUUGGUUCUCUCUACGUUGCUUUCGUGCUUGAGCAUGUUGGGGUUUGAGAUUUGCCUCCUGCAUUGGAGACUUUGCCCUUUCUGUUAUCAGACUUGAAACUGCUGUGGGAUUUUUAUGCUAGCCUGCUCUGUAAAAGUUGAAAACAUCUUACUUUAUCAGCACUGUUCUUAGUUCCUUACAACAGUUCAUAACAUAAAAAUCAUAAAGUAGUUCUAAAAUAAUUAUCUUGAACUUUCAGCAUGUCUCUUCUAUCUAAGUUAUAGAUAGUGUGGCAUGCUAAGAAUGUUUGCUAUUCCCUGCUUUUUCCUCCUCCUUUUCCAGCUUACAGUUUGAAGAAGCUAGCACAUCCAGUACUAGAAAGAAGAAAUAGGUUUCUUCUGAAUGCUGUCCAUACCAGUGGAUGCCUCAGAAGUGCUAGUAAAAUUGCAUCCUUUUAAAAUGUAUCCUAAAACUGGUUUCUUCAAGUUAAUCUUAAAGUGCCCCGCAAGUAAAGGGAUUUGGCUAAACAAAGUAUGUUGCUUUAGCAGUAAUAUCAUAUGCUAAAUUUGACUACUUGAACUGUGUACCUGUGGUGCAUAACUUAACAGGUCUGAAGAAGUGAGUGUUUUUAAGACAGUGGCAAGUUUGGUCACUUGGAUGGCCACCAAAUAGUCUUGAGCACUUGAGAAGUGAACUAAAGCAGGAUUACCCAACUUUGACUGGGUUCUUUUUUGCCACAUUAACACCUAUCCAAGUUAUGCCCCAAAAUACAACGCAUCCAGAGUUAUGGUUAGUGAUUCAGUAUUGUAGAUGUAGAGGAUUGUUGCUUGACAUAGGCAGUGCCAGUUUUAUCUGCCACUAAAAUGGGCACAUAGAGGGAUAGGAGAAAGAGGAACACUACAGACCAGUCAGGGGAAGUCAAGCUUAAAUUUUUCUUUAUGCUUUGGAGAAAUAACAGCAGUUGUAUCUUGCUAUGUAGGGUGCCCACCUCUGGUUAAACUAAAGAAGAAAAGAAUAGGCAAGCCACCUUCAAAACGCAGAGACACGAGAUGUGAGGUGGAAGAAGCAUGGGAGAUGCCUAAAAGCAGUGUCCACAAAGGUUGGUAUGCAGUGACAAGCUACAACAAUGGCUGUUGUGAGAUUUUGCUUCAUUACUGUCUCGGGGACUAAUGGUUCUGUUUGAACUGCAAGGACGUGGGAUAGAUUGUGAAAUAAUAGCAAAUACAUUGCUAUUGUAUGCAGGUAAGAUGGGGGGGGAAAGGCAAGCUAAACUUUAAACACUCAAUCAUCUUGCUAUGAAGACUGUUGUAGCUUUGAGCAGGUUAGGUUCCUUCUCCUUGUUUAAGGGAAAGGAAGG